CAUUCGAAUCAGGUUGAGAUUCGCAGUUCGUCGAUCUCGAAUCGGUACAUUAUAAAAACGUUAACGAUUUUCUCUCGCGGCGUCCGCUGCGGUGUAAUUAACCGGGACUCGUGUGACCGGACGUGGCUCGUAAACAAAACCAGGAAGCGAUGAGGCCUCCGUGUUAAGCGAUGGAUUUUGCGGAGACGAUGAAGAACGUGCUGAUCAAGGGGCUCCAGCAGAACGAGAUGCCCGCGGGCUCGGGCAUCGGCUUCCCCGGCUACGUCACCGAGAAGCUCUACAUGCUGCUGCAGCUCUACCUGCAGAACAAGAGCUGGAACCCGUCGAUGGAGCUGCUGCAGUGUUUCAACGAGCUGAAGGAGUCAUCGGUGCUGCCCAGCGCCGCCUAUUUGCAGAUGAUGGCGUCGAGGGUAACGCUGGAUUCACAAGGACGUCUGAUUUUGCGUGAAAACGGCAAGAUCGUGCUCCCGUUCGAGCAUUUCGCGAACGCGGUCAUGCUGAAGCACAUGAACGGGCCGCACGGGUUACACCUGGGCGUGGAGGCGACCGUCAGGGCGGUAGUGGAGUCCUACACGAUCGGCCGCGAAAAUUUCGGCAUGGAGAAGGAGUUUAUCGUGGAGGUGGUGCAGAAUUGUCCCAAUCCCGCGUGCAGGUACUACAAGAAUCAAAUCGAGCUGACGCAGAAGACUCUGCAGCAUCUCGCGCCGAGUUACAUGACCGACAGGCCCCCCAGCGCUGACGUUCGCAACCAUUUGGCAAACCAAGUCGCCGGCCUGGAUCCGAAACAACCGAAUCCGCAGCUGAUGGAGCGGCCGAAGUCGGUCGCCCCUCCCACCCAGCAGGAGAUCGCGGCCGCCCUGAUCCAACAGCAGAGCAGGGUGCUGGCUCAGCAGAACCUCGACAAGCUGAACGCGAACCUGGAGAAGCAGCGCCACCAACAGCAGUUGCAGCUGCAGCACCAGCAACACCAGCAGCCGCCUCCGCCGCCGCCGCCGCCGCAGCAGCAGCAGCAACCGCCUCCCAAGCAGCAGCACUUCGAGCUGCCGCUGAUGGACCACAAGCUCACCGACUUCCUGCGAGCCAACCUGGAAAACUUCGAGGGGUUCGGGGCGGCGAACAAGGACCUGCUGGCGCUCCACAACGGCGCGUGGGCGUCCCCCAACGCGGGCGCCGCCUCCGGCGACGAGAAACGCAUCACCGAAGGCGGGCAGGAGAAGAUCGUCCGCGCGUUCGGCGAGGUCAUGAAGAAUAUGCAGCGCAUGAAGACGUACGUGCGACCCGCCAUGUGCAAACCGUAUGGCAAGCAAUCGGAGGCUCUGCAGAAAACUCUCAUGGACACGAUCCAGCUGAUCCAGUCGUUGCGCAGCUUCCUGCCUCCGCCCCACAUCCAGGUCAGCUCGUGGAAGAACGAGGACAAGCACCGCUACGAGGAAAACUAAGACGUCGGUCACGCCCGUCCUCCCCUCUCUCUCACUCUUCUGUCUCUCUCGCUCGCUCUUCUCAUCGGUCGGUCGCACUCCAGUUCCUGUUUUUUUAUUUAUUUAACCGUUCUGGGAAGUAUUAUGACGUGUGAUAUUUUUGUUUUUCGUGUACUUAAUUCGUUUCGGCAAUUUUUUUUUUCGGUUCCAAAAGUCUAGUCAGAAGGAAAAUGAAACGUUUGAAAUUUAGCUGUGAUAUUUCGAACUCCGCGACGAAAAGUGUCUCUAAAGAAAAAAUAAAAAAGAAAAUCUCGUUUUUCCGCUUGGGUACCGGCCUAAGGGUUGCGGUAAAAGGUGAACCGCCUUAUAUACUCACGCGUAGCUUUCUUCUUGCCGUAGUAACGCUUUGUUUUUAGUUUUAAUGUCAACUGUGCAAUGUUCAAUAUACUCAUUUUUUUUAUAUACGUAAGUACGAUCGUUUCGUUGGCCUGUUC